AUGAAGGAUGCAACCAAGAACUCAACUUACAGUCCCGAGGAACCACUUCUGCAUGCGGUCAAGAAGCGAAGAUCAGCUAGUGGAGAUCUCAAGAAUGCCGUGAAAUUCCAGGAAGAAGAUGAUCUAUUAGGUGUAGAAGAAGAAACACCUGAUGAUGAUGAAGAAGAAGAGCAGGAGGAGAAGGAGGAAGAGGAAAGAUAUUGUGAACGUGGGUUUGGUCAUGGAUACCAUCUAGUGAAAGGCAAAAUGGGUCAUGGCAUGGAAGAUUACAUCGUAGCUGAUACAAAAACGGUCAAGGGCCACAAUCUUGGGUUAUACGCUAUAUUCGACGGCCACUCAGGCCGUGAUGUUGCCGGUUACUUGCAAACCCAUCUAUUUGAUAACAUCUUGAGUCAGCCGGAUUUUUGGAGAAACCCUAAGGAGGCAAUCAAGAAAGCGUAUAAAUCUACGGACGACUACAUUCUCCAUAACGUGGUAGGUCCACGAGGUGGCUCGACGGCUGUGACGGCUAUAGUCGUUGACGGUAAGAAACUUGUGGUUGCAAACGUUGGAGAUUCAAGAGCAAUCUUGUGUCGUAAAAGUGGUCUAGUCAAACAAGUUACGGUUGAUCACGAACCUGAGAAGGAGAGAGACCUUGUCACGAGCAAAGGCGGCUUCGUCUCCAAACAACCAGGGAAUGUUCCGAGAGUGGAUGGACAACUAUCUAUGUCGCGUGCAUUUGGAGACGGAAGGCUUAAAGAGCAUAUCAGUGUGAGACCGGACAUAGAGAUUGUGGAAAUCCUCGAUGACACAAAGUUCUUGAUCUUGGCUAGCGAUGGACUAUGGAAGGUAAUGUCAAACAAUGAUGCUUGGGAUCGAAUCAAAGAGAUUGAGGAUGCAGAGGAAGCAGCAAAAGCGCUAACCGAUGAAGCUUUGGCUAGAGGAAGCAAAGAUGAUAUCUCUUGUGUUGCUGUUUCUUUCAACUAA